AUGGACAAUUGGAAUAGCCCAGUUAUAGAUCUUGACGAGAGUAAAUUUCGACCUGCAGAUUGGCUCAAUUGUGGCAAGAAAUGGCCUAUGACUCCUCCCCCAAGUCUCGUUCUUGCUCGAGCAGAGCUUCUUGUCAUUCCACCAGACGUGUUUUCCCCACUCUUUCCCAUCAGUCCUGCAAUCUCAGCCUAUCAUUUCGCAAACUCAUCUCUCCCACCGCGGUCAUCCGAUAUCAUUACUGGAAGCGUUGAUUUCUGGUUCAGUCGUGAGCCUCCAGCUACUGAGGUACAGCGGCUAUUGACGCGUUCUGCACCUCCGAAGAGCCUGGUAAAUCAGAUGAAGGCUGAGCUUGGAUCUUAUUGGCUUUCAGGAUACCAGUCUAUCACAGACCCACGGAAUGGGGCGACUGAACAAUUUCCAUUUUAUGUUCUCGAAUUUUGGACUCAGGUUGAAGAAACUACCAAAAUGCAGGAAAGUUGGGGUAAAGCUAUCCAAUACGUUGAACGACAAAAGGAGAAGGUGUCUGAUACUGGCCCAAAAGCAGUUCUUGCUAAGGCAUGGGAGAUGCUGCAUGCUAUCGGUUGGAAUGAGUGUUUGCCUCAUUAUAACAUGUAUACGACAGCUUUGAUUGGUUUUCUUGGAUCUGGUUGGCUUUCAGGAGACCAGAUAGACUUGAUGGUGGGGCAUAUGAGCAUGCGUCUUGAGGCCCAAGGCUCAAAGUCUCGCCGACGUGUCGUGAUAGCGCCUCUUGCAUUUGCGAACAAGAUACAGAACCCAUUCAUUCAAAAUUCUCUUCGGAAAGUUGGAGAGGUUCAAGAUACUGUACUGAAACACUUUGAGACAGUGAUCGUAGAGGAUAGGAUUGAGGUCCUGUAUGCCCCAGUUCAUGUCAACGGAAAUCAUUGGAUUGCUGUAGCAGUGGACUUCGGGCGGGGUGAGGUGUAUUAUGGUGAUUCUCUUUCCCAAAUGUCCCCACCCCGCGUCUUCCUUCAGAGGUUAGAUUUGUGGCUUCGUAAACGUUUCAACCGACGUUUGGUUGAUAAAGGAUUCAGACUCGAGUGCGGAGUGCAGCGUGAUACCUUUAACUGUGGAAUCUGUGUUGCAAAUGCCAUCUCCCAUGCAGUUUUUGGUGAUCCUCUAUGGACUUCGGAUCUUGCCCUGUCUCAGCGAAUGCAGUGGUUUAUCGAUUUGUCAUUUGACUCUCCAUGUCCUAUUUCAGACACUACCGCCACUGAAUGUACUGAACGUGAACCAUUUCCCGAGCUUGACCUAGCAAAGCCCAGUCGACGUUUAUGUCUUGUAGACCUUUUAAAUCCAAUUGCAUCAAUUCCUUCCAAUAUCGGCUCUACUGCAGAACUUUCAGGCUCGAGCGAAUCGGAUGAUGACUCAGAAUCUGACAACGACUGUUAUCCUGUAACCACUAUACACACAUCACCGAAAUCAUUAACUGGUCCAACGACGUCCCUUCUGAAGAGUUUCUUUGGCUCAAAACGCAGUCAAAGUUGCAGUCCUGAGCCAACAGACUCGGAGACUGAGACUGAGACUGAACAUCAGAAAGGAGAGAGUCGUUCUGCUGUUCAUUCUAUGAAAAUUCGUCAGUCACAAAGGGAUGGUACCUUUGUUGUGACCAAUGCACGGCUUGCUAGUUGGAAAAACGGACUGCAAGAGAUGGAUUCGGGCGUUGAGUGUAGAGACAAUGGCAUUGAUUUCUGCCAUUCUAAGUGCAGAAAAUGGUACAAGGCAAAGCAGGCUUAUGAUCUUACCCGUGCCCGCGCUCACAUGAAGACAUGUUCUUUAUCUUCGACCAAGUCAAAAACCACACAGGCCAUCCUCUCCAGUCACAAAAUCACCGCUUUCUUCCAAAAGUCUUCCGCACCUCUUCCCAGCAUGAAGACAUCAAAACCCAACCUACUUCCCAAAAUGGUCGCAUGUUGUGGCCUCACAGCAAGUUACGAUCCACGCAUUGAGACAUAUCUGAGCCGUACUGGCUACUCUGGUAGUGGUGGGACAAACGUUGCAGAGAUCGCAAAAACUUUGUUCAAUAUGACAUUCAGUACCUUGGACGAAGAGCAGCGCCAGAAGGUGAUAACUACCCAGGAGUUAUCCCAAACUUGGGAAAACAAACACCAUCUUGUCCCACCUGCAGUCUAUUCCCGGAGAUGUACCAAAGAAACUCUUGACCUUUCGCCUCAUCUUCCUCUCCCUUGCAAUGAAUGUUUGACUGUCUACAAAUCGCGUGCCUUCAAGAAUGCUAUUCGUCGACAGAAGCCAUCUGCCAAGAAUUAUAUUCAUACCAACCACAGAUUUCGGCCUAAAGUACUGGGUGAAAUUUACGCUCUUAGUGUUGGGACAAAGGAGCUCAUAGAAGAGCAGUCCAAAAAGUCACCAUUUGUCCGCUAUGCGCUCGGUGUACUCCAAGGGAAAUAUGAUGAUAAAGUCUUUGAAGGCUUGACGAAGGCCAUGCUCAUUCGGAACGAAAAGGAAGAGAAUGGUAUUGGAUUGCAAAACUUCAAAUAUUCACCUGCCUAUGACGAGUUUACGAACAUUAUGAGAAUCACCAGUCCUUCCGCAUUCCGGGUCCUACGUGAGUGGUUUCCUGCUAGAACUAGCGAGAGCUUUCGACAGAAAGAAUCACGGAAGCCUCGCUUUCCCAUGGAAAUCUGCGACCACACGUUUGAAAUGGCAGUAGCGCAUCUUCAAAGCUUAGGCUAUAAGGGGCCCGUAGGUCUCUGUUGCGAUGAUGCAAAGCUAUUCGCAAGUCUUCGUCUCUACUGGGAUUCUGGCAAGAAGAAGCAUUUUCUCAUCGGGGGAAGUGAUGGUGCAGUGGAAGUUAGCGAUCCCGACUCCGUUGAACAGGUUAUAAGAGAUGCAAAGAUCCAGAAGGCUACAAAGAUUCGUAUUUGGUGCUUAAUGCUCCAGGCUCCGAAGUCAGGACCGAUUGUGCUUUAUGCAAUGCCUCUUGGUACUAGUCUUACUGCAGAAAAGCUGGAGCCUUACUCUCAACGCCUUAUUCGCGGGCUUAUCAAUUCCAAGAUACAGGUCGUCUCCUAUGCAUGUGAUGGCACCGAAAUCGAGCGCAAAAUUCAAGCAUUACUUGUGACGAAUGGCGAUAGCAGAAUUGAAUAUGCCAUUGCCCCGCCUAAAAGCUCUGGUGAUGUGCUCAAAUGUGUCGUGCCCAUUUUCGACAGUCAACCUGUUGCUAUGAUUCAAGACUCCAAACAUGCUCUCAAAACCUUCCGGAAUAAUCUCUACUCAGGCGCACGCCUCCUUGUCCUAGGAAAUCACAGUCUUUUCUAUGCUCAGAUUCAUAAACUUGCUCAUGAUCCAGGUGUGAGGCCUGGCACAAAAGGCCUGCUCUCGUCCUAUCUGGACUGGGCCUAAGCAAGCAGGACAGCUGCCUAGGCCGUACAAGGGGAGGUGGGAUAAGUGCCGCUACUGGUGUAGGGAGCCUGACCAGUGGUGGUUGCGGAGCUUGGGUGGACCUAGCCAAAGGUCCUGGAGUGGGGGAAGGAGGUGUAGUUGGUGAGGAUGGAGGUGGUUGGGGGUGUGGAGCCUCGACGUAGACUGUAAGUCGUAGGAGAGGCUCAGGAAGUUGAGAGAGGUGUUCAGAGAGGUGAGACAGAGAAGAGAAACAGAGUUGAGUGAAACAGAGGUGAAGGAAACAGAGUUGAGGGAAACAGAUAAAGAGGAAAUGUAUGACAGGUGAGACGUGUCAGGCCCUGUUAGCAAGUACAAGUAGACUGUACUAACAGGGACCAAGCCAGGUUGGAAGAGUUUCCAGAUAAGAUUUGACAAUAACACGCUGGGGAGCUCCGAGGGGAGUC